GCUCAGCUCAGAAGCUCGGAGAGGUGAAGCAGACGAAACUAAACGGCGUCUGUCAAACUCUGCAAACCCAUGGAAUUUGGUCAUGAAGCUCCAAAAAGCAAAAACGGUUGCGUAGAAGCAGAAGAUGCGGGAUUGCUUUAAAUUUUUCUUCUAACUUUUUUUUUCUUUUGUGGAGUGCUUUUUUUUUUUUCAUUUGCUAGUGAGGCAACACAGAGACGGUUCAUCUCUUAGUGCAACCGGUCUGAAGUGGAUGAUGCAACCUAGAUAGCAGCCUCGUCCUCCGCUCCGCUCCCCCUCCCUGCCCCUUGGCCCCUUCCUCUAUCUUCCUGGACCUGCACCGCCACUGCCACCUGUGUUGCCACAGCCAUCAUGCCCCCCAGGAAGAGGACACGACAGGGCCUGGGCUUCCUGUGCUGCUUCGGCAGCAGCGAGCCCCCGGAGAUCAACCUGAAGGACACCGUGCCACUGCAGCUGCUGGAGUUCAGUGCGCCCAUGCCGCCUGCUGAGGAGCUGCAUGCGCGUUUCUCCGAACUGGUGGAUGAGCUGGAUUUGACAGACAAGAACCGGGAGGCCAUGUUUGCUCUGCCCGAUGAGAAGAAAUGGCAGAUCUACUGCAGCAAGAAGAAGGAGCAAGAGGACCCCAACAAGCUGGCCACCAGCUGGCCUGACUACUACAUCGACCGCAUUAACUCCAUGGCGGCUAUGCAGACUUUGUUUGCCUUUGACGAGGAGGAAAUGGAAAUGAGGAACAAGGUGGUGGAAGAUCUGAAGACGGCACUUCGGACUCAGCCGAUGAGGUUUGUUACGCGUUUCAUCGAGCUGGACGGCCUCACCUGCCUCCUCAACUUCCUGCGCAGCAUGGACUACGAGACGUCGGAGAGCCGCGUCCACACCUCCGUCAUCGGGUGCAUCAAGGCGCUGAUGAACAACUCGCAGGGCCGUGCGCAUGUCCUGGCCCACCCGCAGAGCAUCAAUACCAUCUCACAGAGCCUCCGGACAGAGAACUUCAAGACCAAAGUGGCAGUACUGGAGAUUCUUGGGGCGGUGUGCCUGGUGCCAGAUGGACACAAGAAGGUGCUUCAAGCCAUGGCACAUUACCAGAAAUAUGCUGCUGAGAGGACUCGCUUCCAGACGCUGCUGAAUGAGCUGGACAAAAGUACAGGACGCUACAGAGACGAGGUCAACUUAAAGACCGCCAUCAUGUCUUUCAUUAACGCCGUGCUCAACGCUGGGGCUGGAGAGGACAACCUGGAGUUUCGCCUCCAUCUAAGGUACGAGUUCCUGAUGUUGGGCAUACAGCCGGUCAUCGAAAAGCUCAGAGAGCACGAAAACGCCACUUUGGAUAGGCAUUUGGAUUUCUUUGAGAUGGUGCGAAACGAGGACGACUCUGAGCUGGCCAAAAGAUUUGAUAUGACCCAUGUAGAUACUAAAAGUGCUGGUGCCAUGUUUGAGCUGAUCAAGAAGAAGCUGAGCCACACUGAUUCCUACCCACACCUCCUCUCCAUCCUGCAACACUGUCUGCAGAUGCCCUAUAAGCGUAGUGGUGGCACCCUGCAGCACUGGCAGCUCUUAGACCGGAUCCUCCAGCAGAUCGUCAUGCAGGACGACAAGGGAGAGGACCCUGAUAUCUCCCCUCUGGACAACUUCAAUGUAAAGAACAUCAUUCGCAUCCAAACCUACCAGUGGAGCUCAAGGUUGGUCAAUGAAAAUGAGGUGAAACAAUGGCGAGAACAAGCAGAGAAAUUCAGAAAAGAGCAUGCAGAGCUGCUAGCUAAACUGGAGCGGAAAGAGCGGGAGUGUGAGACCAAAACGCAGGAAAAAGAGGACAUGAUGAAGACUUUGAACAAGAUGAAGGAUAAACUACAGCGUGAAGGUGUGGAGCUGCGCUCGGCCCGGGAACAAGUGCUGGACCUGUCGUCGCGCAUCAAUGACAUCGCUCAGGGCGGAAAUGUAUCCUUCCCACCUCCCCCUCCUCCUCCUGGUGGCCCUAUGCCUCCGCCUCCACUACCUAUGACAUGCGGCUUUCCUCCACCCCCACCUCCUCUACCAUUCAGUUGCCCGCCUCCCCCACCUCCACCUCCUCCACCUGGGGCACCACCUCCUCCACCAGGAGCCCCACCUAUUUUUGGAGCUCCGCCUCCUCCCAUUCCCUCAUCGUUUAACUCGAUGAGCAGCAUGCACUCCAAGUCCAUCCCUCAGCCUUCACAUCCUUUGAAGUCAUUCAACUGGGCCAAACUAGGAGAGAACAUGGUCAAUGGCACCAUCUGGAGCGACAUUGAUGAUCUGAGAGCUUUCAAGAUCCUCGACCUGAAAGACAUAGAGAAGAUGUUUUCAGCAUAUCAGAGACAACAGGACCUGCUCACUAACCAAUCCUUCAAACAGAAAGAGACUGGCUCGAUGGAUGACAUAUACGUCAGCACGCGGAAGGUCAAAGAGCUGUCAGUCAUUGAUGGCAGACGUGCACAGAAUUGUGUCAUCCUGCUUUCAAAAUUAAAAAUGAGCAAUGAAGAAAUCAAGAGGGCAAUCCUGGAGAUGGAUGAGAGAGAAGAGCUUGCUAAAGAUAUGCUGGAGCAGCUUUUGAAGUUUGUCCCAGAGAAAAGUGAUAUCGACCUGUUGGAGGAGCACAAACAUGAGCUGGAGAGGAUGGCCCGAGCUGAUCGCUUCCUCUUUGAGAUGAGCAGAAUUGACCAUUACCAGCAGAGACUGCAGGCUCUGUUCUUUAAGAAGAAGUUUGCAGAGCGUCUUGCUGAAACAAAGCCUAAGGUUGAAGCCAUCCUGAACGCGUCCAAGGAGGUGGUCCGGAGCAAACGUUUGACUCAGGUCCUGGAGGUGGUGCUGGCCUUCGGCAACUUCAUGAACAAAGGCCAGAGAGGCAAUGCCUUCGGGUUUAAGAUCUCCAGCCUCAACAAGAUCGCUGACACCAAGUCCAGCAUAGACAGGAACAUAACCAUGUUGCACUACUUGAUCAUGAUCUUUGAGAAGAACUACCCGGACACGCUUCACAUCCAGCAGGACCUCAGCAGCGUACCAGAAGCUGCCAAAGUCAAUUUGUCAGAGUUGGAAAAAGAAGUGCAUAGUAUCAGAAGUGGACUGAAGGCACUGGAGGCGGAGCUGCACUACCAGCAGAGCAGGACGAGGGAACGAGGGGAUAAGUUUGUGGCCGUGAUUGGUGACUUCAUCACGGUGGCUGGCUUCAGCUUCUCUGAACUGGAGGACCAGCUGAGUGAAGCCAAGGACAAGUUUGCCAAAUCUCUGAAGCACUUUGGGGAGGAAGAAGGGAGAAUGCAGCCGGAUGAGUUUUUCGGGAUCUUCGACACCUUCUUGCAGUCGUUCACCGAAGCACGACAGGACCUCGAGAACAUGCAGCGACGCAAGGAUGAGGAGGAGCGGAGGGCCCGGAUGGAGGCGAUGCUUAAGGAUCAACGGGAGCGGGAACGACGGGCCAAAAAGAGCGGCACCACGGAAGAAGUCGGCGGGGAGUUUGACGACCUGGUUUCAGCUUUGCGCUCCGGCGAGGUCUUCGACAAAGACCUGAACAAGUUCAAGCGAAAUCGCAAACGCUCUGUCAAUCAGCUGGCGGAGGGUGGCGGCCGGGAAAGAACCGUCACCAAGGUUAACUACUAGGUCGGGGAACAGGAAUAAAAAACCCCACCUUAAAUCUGCCAUUGCGUUGAGCUUUUAACACCUUUAGUCCAGGUUGUGGGACAGUGACCGCUGACAUUGGAGAGGAUGUAAAUAACAGCUGGAUUGGACUUGCAAGAACGGCCGAGCCGUGUUGAAGGAUGCAGCGCUCUCCUCUGAUUGGUCUUGUAAAGCUAUUUCCACUCCGUCUGUUCUGGAUGUUACCAGGAUGGACAAGUGGACACACCACUGUGACACAUUAGCCCAUGUCAUUUGACCAUAUCCUUUAACACUGUGCUCAAGGCUCUCACUGUCUAUCACCCCAGUCUUUUUCACUUUUCUCCCCCAUUCACACAUCCUCUGCAAGCUCUCCGGUGCUGAAAAAGCCCUGUCAUUUAACUACUGGGCUUUAAAGCACACAGGACAUUGGGAUUGGACAGUCACACUGUAUAUAGUCACGAGGCAAAGACAAAGGAUUGGUAAAAGGACUAUGAAGCGUCUCCAGGCAGAUUUGGGGGAAAAAAGAAGCUGAAGGGAAUUAAACAAUAACCUCGACCAUCAGGUGUUCCCCAGAAAAGAGACUUCUCAACCACAGAAAGUCAAGGAGUCGACACGUCCCAGAAUGAUUUGUAGGCUUCUGAAGGAGUGAAGAAGGAUCCAGAUUCAUACCAACAUUCUCCGGGAAGGACGUGUCUAUCCCGAUGUGCUCGGCUCUUCUCAAGGAAACUUCUCAGCCUGAUCCACCUGAUUUAAAACAUGACUGUGCCACAUGGGUCAGGCCUCACCUUCACUCUGACCAACAUCGUUCUGGCAUUAACAGUGCCAAAGGAAAGAGAAAACUAAUGUAAAUGUAUUAAUACAAAACAUACUGCAAUUAGGCAUUGAUAUAUAUUUAUAUUUAGAUGCAGACAAGCUAAUUGCAAAGAGGUCUUUUUUUAUGUUUUGGGAUUUUUGUACACGCAAUGCAUUAUUUGUUGGUGUUGCAAGUUGCCGUUGAAGUGAAUUUCUAUACAUUUUGCGCUUUAUGUAAAAAAAGGAAAAAAAAAAGAGGUAAUCGCUCACACUUUUCACAUCUGUACGUCUUGUUUGCACUGCAGCUUUUUUGUAAACUUUACACUCAGAAGUCCACAAGCCAAUGACAGCGUCCUGUAUGUUGUCAGAUUAUCUGUAACUAACAUAAUGAAGGAAUGCCAUGAAAUUCAUUUAAAGGCACAAGCUGCAGUUCCUUUACUGCAGUAAGGUUAAAUUCUCACUCUAUUCAGUAUCUCUCUGCUUUCUUUUUUAAUUUUCAGCUUUUUCCGUGGUAGAGUCACACCGCACCAUGUGAUGAAUCUCUCAUUGUCAUGUCAGGGUAUAACAAAACACUUAAAGAAGGUAGGUGGGACACACACAGGAAAAAAACAUCAGAGCAUGUCAUAGAAAAGAAUUUGUACUUUCAUCUUUUUCUCCAGCUUGUCAAUCAAGUCAGUCAAAUCAGGCCCACAAAGGGAAGCCAACCUCCUUUUUAUAAGGUAUUUGAAGUAUUUAGAGCAGUAGGAGUGAGGCUGUAGUGUAAUCAGUAUUAACAUCUGAUUCUUUUUGAAAACAAAAAUAUAUAUAUAGCAGUGCACAUAGACUGUAUUAAAAGAUGGAUGUAGCAUCUAUGAUGUCGCUCAUUGGUUUUUGAAGUCCCAUUAUAAAGCCAUCUUGUUCUUUUGCUUGUUUUUUGUUUUUCAUUUUGUUUUGUUCUUUUAAGGGUUUUU